GCUGGGAGCUGGGAGCCUGCCAACCAGCGCCUUCUGUCAUCUGUGGUCCAGCCCCUCCCGGGGAGGAGACAGAGGCCGGCCGAGCCGCGCUGAAAGGCCUGGGCCACGGCCGGGGAGGUCAGGCCAGGCCUACCGUGCAGGCAUGGGAAAGAGCUCCUCAGCGCAGUCCACGGCUCAGAACAGCUGGGCUGGAAGUCUCUCUCCUCGGACGCCAGGCAGAGCCGGGCGAUGGCGGGCAGUCCAGGGCCCCGAGUGUCAGCGGGGGACGCCCGGAGCAGGAGCAUGCACCCCGACAUAGAGAGCGAGAGGCACUCGCCGUCCUUCAAUGUGGAGGAACUCACCAACAUCCUUGAUGGAGACGCCCAGAACACCGCACUCCGGAGGAAAGUGGAAAGCAUCAUCCACGGUGAACCAGAGCUUAGCCUGAAGGAUAAUUAUUUCAUGACCCAGAAUGAGCGUUACGAAGCUGCCGUUAAGAAGAAAUUCCACAUCCUCAUGCUAGCACACCGCCUGGGCUGGUCCGAAGGCAGUCGUGAAUUACAAUACGCUUCCAGAAGUGUUUCUGGAGAUCUGAGCUUCGGGAUACACCAGAUCUUCCAGAAAACCAUCAGGAGCCUGGGCUCAGAGGAGCAGAUUGCAAAGUGGGACCCACUCUGCAGCAAGUUCCAGAUCCUGGGGACAUACGCCCAGACGGAGAUGGGGCAUGGGACGUAUCUUCAGGGCCUGGAGACUGAAGCCACCUACGACGCAGCCACACAGGAGUUUGUGGUGCAUAGCCCCACGAUGACGGCCAUCAAAUGGUGGCCUGGGGACCUGGGACGGUCAGCCACCCAUGCCCUGGUCCAGGCCCAGCUGAUCUGCUCCGGAGCCCGGCAGGGCAUGCACGCCUUUAUCGUCCCCAUCCGGAGCCUCGACGACCACAGUCCACUGCCAGGGAUCACCAUUGGGGACAUUGGGCCCAAGAUGGACUUUGAACACACGGAUAAUGGCUUCCUCAAACUGGACCACGUGCGCAUCCCCAGGGAGAACAUGCUGAAUCGCUUCGCAAAGGUCCUGCCAGAUGGCGCCUACGUCAAGCUGGGAGUACCGCAGACCAACUACCUCAGCAUGGUGGUGGUGCGUGUGGAAGUCCUGCUGGGCGAGGUCGUCCCGCUGCUGCAGAAGGCCUGCAUCAUUGCCAUCCGCUACUCCGUCAUUCGCCGCCAGUCCCGCCUCCGGCCCAGCGACCCGGAAGCGAAGGUCCUAGACUACCAGACGCAGCAGCAGAAACUCCUCCCUCCGCUGGCCAUGGCCUACGCGUUCCAUUUUGUGGGCAACCACCUCCUGGAGUUCUUCCGCAGCUCCUACAGCCUCAUUCUGAACAGAGACUUCACACUCCUGCCUGAGCUUCACGCGCUGAGCGCAGGUCUGAAGGCCAUGCUGUCGGACUUGUGCACCCAGGCGGUCGAGCAGUGCCGCAGGGCCUGCGGGGGGCACGGCUACUCGAAGCUGAGCGGCCUGCCCUCCCUGCUCGCCAGAGUGACAGCCUCCUGCACUUACGAGGGCGAGAACACGGUGCUCUACCUGCAGACGGCCAGGUUUCUGAUAAAGAGCUACCUGAACACUCAGAAGUCCCCAGGCUCCGCAUCGAAGGGGUCGCUCCCUCAGUCUGUCGCAUACCUGACCGCACCUGACCUGGCCAGGUGUCCAGCCCAAACGGCAGCCGACUUCCUCCGCCCCGAGCUCUACACCGCGGCCUGGGCACACGUGGCGGUCAGGCUCAUAAAGGACUCGGUGCACCACUUACAGACACUGAGGCAAGCCGGGGCCGACGAGCACGAUGCGUGGAACCAGACCACUGUCAUCCACAUCCAGGCCACCAAGGCGCACCUCCACUAUGUCACUGUGAAGAUUUUCACAGAAGCUCUGGAGAAACUGGAAAGCCAGCCAGCGAUUCAGCAGGUGCUCAGACGCCUCUGUGACCUCUAUGCCCUACAUGGCAUCCUGACUAACGCGGGCGACUUCCUCCACGACGGCUUCCUGUCUGGUGCCCAAAUAGACAUGGCGAGAAAAGCCUACCUGGACCUGCUCCGCCUCAUCCGGAAGGAUGCUAUCUUGUUAACUGAUGCUUUUGACUUCACGGAUCAGUGCUUAAAUUCAGCGCUUGGCUGUUAUGAUGGACACGCCUAUGAACGCCUGUUCCAGUGGGCUCAGAGGUCACCCACCAAUACUGAGGGGAACCCUGCCUAUGAGAAAUAUAUAAGACCACUAUUACAAGGCCAGAGAGCCAGGCUCUGAGACGAGCUGCAGCACUGGAGAGGCACCACCAUAUGCUGGUCAUACUACGGUACAGGUGUCAUUAAAAUCUACAACUACACAUGUACGUGCUGUUUCAAAGAAUCA